UACAGCUGGCAGUUACUUUCAAUUUUGGUUUAAAAAUGAAUUUGUUAACUGACAAGGAAUUGGUUGCUGCAGUACAAGACUUGGAGCGUAAAGUCGCGCACCUGAAGGUUGAAAAUGGAGUUUUUUAUCGAUUUUUGGAAAAAAACGAUCCUCAAGCCAUUCAGGAAUUUGAAGGCAAAGCUGUGCGCUCUUUUGAAGCAAUUCCAAAAUCGUCAGUUUUUAGUGCUAGGAAAUCGGUCACGAUUUCUGCACAUACAGGAAAAGGAAUGUCGAUAUCAACAAUUGCUACUUUAAAAACUUUAAGUGCCUCUAUAGUUAGUAGAACUAGUAGUAAACGACUCCCGAAAAUAAUGCAAGAAAAGUCGUCGGUGUUUACUGCACAAGGGAGUGAUAUUAACGAACCUAAAGCUACAGAAAAGAUAUGUUUGGCUCUGAAAAGUGAUUUGGUAAUGCGAGAUUUAGAAGAACAUGAACAAGCGGCGGAGAGAGCAAAAAAGAGAGGGCAUGUCACAAGAAAUAAAUUAAUUGCAAAAAUGGAAGAAUUCAAGUGUAGGAAAGAAGAUGUGGAAAAGUCGAUUGAAGAUUUUGCUACUUUUAAAGAAACUUAUCAACCGAUGACUUUGAAUCGUUUUACAAGAUUCAUGGAUGAGUGGUCUAAAAAAUCACGUUUGGUUACAGAUAAAUACAGAUUGCGGUUCAGCUCUCUUCGAACGCAAUACCACAAGAUGUCACAUCUCCUUAUUUAUAAACGACAAAUUGGCGAACAUUUACAAGAAAUCGAUUUUGAUAAUCUCACAUACGCAAAUGUUGGCUUAACUAAAAAGAUUGAACAAAAGCAAAAUUUGCUCAUCGAAUUGAAGAAAAUGACUGGCGCUGGAAAUUUGAAACUGAGUCAACUUAGAGGAACACUAUUGGACAAAAUCAAUGAAAAAGAUAAAAUAACACAAAAAAUUAAGGAUUAUGAAAAUGCUAUUAUUAAAUCGGAUAUUGAAAUUAGUAAACUGUAUGGAGAAUUGGAAGAAGUCAAGGAGAAGUAUCUCAGAACAAAAAAGAAACUGCAAGGUUAUGAAGCCCCCAAUGUACUCGAAUAUAUUAGGCUGAACAGUGAGCUACGUCAAGCAAAGAAAGAAAUUGAUGUCUGGGAAAAACGUAAAAUAAUAAGAGACUGUACUUUAAUGAUUGAGAUUGAGAAAAUGAAACAGAAACUACAAACGCAAGCACUGCACCGUUGUUGGUUUGAAUAGAUUUAUAUUUAUUUACAUUAUAUUAUACUGUUAUAUUAAUAGUUUUGUUGUUUAUUUU